AGCAAGAUUUUGUCCCGUGACAAAAAGGAAUGUCUUGGGGACUUUUUUCCUGCUUUGGAGGCCCAGGCUCAAGGCAAAUUACAAUGGGAAAUCAAUCAGAAGGAAAGAAAUUUGCACAGAGUUAAGGUGCCAGGUCCUGGGAGAGGAGACCAGCUCUACCUGAAGUCUGCAUCCUGUGCUGACAAACUCGGGGUUUGUUUUAAAGAAAGAAGGGACUAGAUAAUUUUUUGUGUCUUUUUUUUGUUUGUCUAUUUGCUUUGUUUUUUUUAAAGGGAAGGGGGCACAGCCAGCACAGGUAGAAAGAGGAAGUGGUAAUGCCCCAAACAGGCCAUUAGAGAGAGGAAGAUUAUGGAGGUGUUCGGUAUUUUUAAUUUUUUUAAAGCUCUUAAAUGACUUCUUCAAAACCAAACAGCUGCAGCAGAGGAAUAAUCUAGAUUGCUUAAGGGGGCUUUGGCUGCGCUUUAGCAUGAAGUUACUCCAUUACUGAUCAAGCAAAGAGGGAGCCAUUAUGUGCCCAUUUAGCAUCCUUCCCCGCUUCCUUUUGGCCGGGCAUAAAACUAUGCUCGCCAAUCCCACCUAAAACAGGAGGUGAGAAGCCCAGCCUGUGGUGCAAACAGGGCCUGUACCUGCCCUCCUGUUCUGCCCUGGAGAGGCCAGAGGACUCUUGGAAGCCAAGAAAGGUUGGAGAAGUCUUUCUGACUGGGGGCGAGCAUCGCAAGCAGUCCAGGCACUUGGUUGGCGCGAAGGCUCCGAGGGGGAGGAGGCGACUCGAGGUCCAGGAUGGGCUUGCUGAAGGGCCUUCUCCGAGCCAGGAAGCUGCUGCUCAUCAUCUUGGUGCCGCUCCUGCUGCUGCCUCUGCCGGUGCUCCAUCCCAGCAGCGAGGCUGCGUGUGCUUAUGUGUUGAUCGUGACUGCUGUGUACUGGGUGUCCGAGGCGGUGCCUCUUGGAGCUGCAGCCCUGGUGCCUGCCUUCCUCUACCCGUUCUUCGGAGUCCUCCGAUCCAACGAGGUGGCGGCUGAAUACUUCAAGAACACCACGAUGCUGCUGGUGGGCGUCAUCUGCGUGGCGGCAGCCGUGGAAAAGUGGAACCUGCACAAGCGCAUUGCUCUGCGCAUGGUCCUGAUGGCCGGAGCCAAGCCAGGCAUGCUGCUGCUCUGCUUCAUGUGCUGCACCACGAUGCUGUCCAUGUGGCUCUCCAACACGUCCACCACCGCCAUGGUCAUGCCCAUCGUGGAGGCCGUGCUGCAGGAGCUGGUCAGUGCAGAGGAGGAGCAGCUCGUGGCCGGCAACGCCAGCGCCGAAGAGGCCGAGCUCAUCAGUCUCAAGGCGAACAACAGCCAACCCUCUCUGGAACUCAUCUUUGUGAAUGAAGACACGUCGAAUGCAGACUUCAGUUCUCUGAUGAUGAACAAGAACCUGAAUGGUGUGCCCACCGUCACCAGCCCCGUCAAAACGGCAAACCACCAGGACCAGAAGCGGCACCCGCCCCAGGAAAAGCCACCAGUACCGACCCCCCGCCCCAGGAACCAGGAACUCAAAAAGAAAUACAAGUCCCAGCACGACCAAAUGAUCUGCAAGUGCCUCUCCCUGAGCAUCUCCUACGCUGCCACCAUCGGGGGCCUGACCACCAUCAUUGGCACCUCCACCAGCCUCAUCUUCCUGGAACACUUCAACAACCAGUAUCCAGGUGCAGACGUGGUCAACUUUGGCACCUGGUUCCUCUUCAGCUUCCCCAUCUCCCUCAUCAUGCUGGUGGUCAGCUGGUUCUGGAUGCACUGGCUGUUCCUGGGCUGCAAUUUUAAAGAGACCUGCUCUCUAAGCAAGAAGAAGAAGACCAAAAGGGAAGAGUUAUCAGAGAAGCGGAUCCAACAGGAAUAUGAAAAGCUGGGAGCCGUUAGUUACCCUGAAAUGGUGACUGGAUUUUUCUUCAUCCUGAUGACAGUGCUGUGGUUUACUCGGGAGCCUGGCUUUGUCCCCGGCUGGGACUCCUUCUUUGAAAAGAAGGGCUAUUGCACCGACGCUACAGUCUCCAUCUUCCUUGGCUUCCUCCUCUUUCUGAUUCCAGCAAAGAAGCCUUGUUUCAGGAAAAAGAAUGAUGGGGAGGACCAGGAGCCCUCCCCGGGGAUGGAGCCCAUCAUCACAUGGAAGGACUUCCAGAAGACCAUGCCUUGGGAGAUUGUCAUCCUGGUGGGAGGAGGCUAUGCUCUGGCUUCUGGCAGCAAGACCUCUGGUCUCUCCACGUGGAUUGGGUACCAGAUGUUGUCUCUGAGCAGCCUGCCACCGUGGGCCGUCACCCUGCUGGCAUGCAUCCUGGUGUCCAUCGUCACAGAGUUUGUGAGCAAUCCAGCCACCAUCACCAUCUUCCUGCCCAUCCUGUGCAGCUUGUCGGAGACGCUGCACAUCAAUCCACUCUACACCCUGAUCCCUGUCACCAUGUGCAUCUCCUUUGCAGUGAUGUUGCCUGUGGGCAACCCCCCCAACGCCAUCGUCUUCAGCUAUGGGCACUGCCAGAUUAAAGAUAUGGUGAAAGCUGGCCUGGGGAUCAAUGUCAUUGGCCUGGUGAUCGUGAUGGUGGCCAUCAAUACAUGGGGGAUUAACCUCUUCCACCUGGACACUUAUCCCGCCUGGGCUAAGGUCGGGAACGUCACUGAUCAGGCCUAACUCGUGGGCAAAGAGCCCAACCAGAGGAGCUGCCAGCGCCUGGCAGAAUCUGAUCAACAGGCCAAGAAAACCACCAGGAGCACACAACCUCCACCAGAAGGUUCCUCCGUCCACCGCCUCGAGUGGAGCGCAGGGAGUCUCCCACGAGAGCACAGGCUCGGGUGCUGGUGUCUCCUGCUCCGCCCUCCCUCCUCAGCACCUUGGCUCGUGGAGACGUAAAGCCUUCCCCUCCCUCCCCAUAUAUCGUCUCUCCAAUCAGCUCUUCUGAAAACAGGACGAGACAAAAGCCUGUCUUGGUUGCCCUCAGAGGCUGAGCCUCAACGACUGAAGAGUCUCACUGGGUUUGAUGUUAUUCUUAAUUUUGUAAUCCCCUUUAGGAGUCGAAGGAGAAAUCCAUUCUGCCUUCACCCAGAGAGCAAAACGAGUGACGUCUCCUCUUUGGGAGAAAGUCUCAACCAGCACUUGAGCCUAACAUCAGCUCCUUUCUCCUAAGGGUUUCUGUCCUGAGUUCUCUCCACACAAAGGCAGUUCUUACGAAGGCCUCUCUGUGGCUAUCAGCACUCUUAUCAUUACUUCAAGUCCCUUCUAAGCAUCUUUCUUCAAUAGCUUCUCUAUGCCUUGCACCAAAUUCCUGUAAAGAAAUAGUGUUUUCCUUCAGAAAAGAGGCUGGCUGUUCUGAGUGUGAAAGGAAAAGGAAGUAGAGAAAGAAGACACAUCGUGAUGAGUAUCUCCCUUCACUCAUCACUAAGCAUCAGUGCCACCUCACUGGUUAAGAGGGAGGAAAAAACGCUCCAUACCUGUCUUGGUAAGGAGGCCAGAACUGUGACUAAGAUCACAGCACUAUUAGUGAUAUCUGACAGGCUUUCUUCUGGAGGUAAUGAAUACUUCCACCCUGAGAAGACAAGUACAGAAAGGUCCAAACACAUCAGUGACUUUCUACAAGUCAUUGAGCCCUUGAGGGGAGGGGAGAUGUCUUCUAUCUCGUAAAGUCCUGGCAACUUAGGCAGUAGAGUAAUCUGUACCUGCUCAAUAAACGUUUCCCUUGAGAAAAAUCACUUUGGAAAUGCAAGCCUUCUUCCUGUUGAACUGCACCAUUUUGCCCACAACAGAGGUCCCUGCUAUAUGACUGGAUGUAGCCCCACUGCCCUCUGGUUUUCAGGCAUUACACAUUUCUGGUUACUUGCUAAAUAUGUCUUAUGGGAAAAGGAGGACCCCAAAGUUAACUGCACUAGUUGAACCGAUUUUAAGUUACUACUGAUAGCACGUUAUGUUACAGCUUCUGCCAAUUAGCUUAGGCCAAUUUAUUUGGCCACUUAUAAAAGUGAAUGAGCCCAAAUGAAAUAUCAACAUUAGGCACAUCACAGCCGGUCUGAUGAAGCCAGCAUCCUAUAGUCACGCUGUUCUAACAUGUUCAGAAGAGUCAGGAUGUUACUCCUGUUGUCAGGGUGGCCAAACUGUCAGAUGUCUGACCCUCUAAAGAACUUAGACAUUGAGCCACUGAGCUGCAUCAGACAAUAAAACAAAGGCUCAGAUAAUCAAUGAAGAUUCUAGGAGUAGAAAUAGGUAAAAAGAGAAAGAAAAGCUGACUUAGAAUGACUGGCCCCUGUUCAGCUGUUUAAGAGCCUGACUUGCUCCAAAGGGAAAGCAGCUCAGCCACUCUGUUGCUCCAAGCCAAGUGCUUCCAGCAGCUAAUACACUCAAGCGGCCAAUUCAGAAAGGGUGUUUAUUUCAGUCUGGCCCACUGAUCAUUCUAAAGAACAGCAGUGUUCUCUCCCCAAACCAAAGGUUCAGGCCAAACAAGACUGCUCAUUCCAACAACAGGGAAUGUCAGAUAUGACUAACAACUCCCAGUCUUUAAAGUCACUCUGCUGUGGGACAGUAACUAACAGCUCUAAUUAAUAGUCUUGUGUCUCUUGCAAAUAUAUUACAUCUGAUUUUUAUUUUUUCACAUCACAACUCUACAUGGGUGGAAAAGCUCUAAAUGAUCAUCUUAUACCAGCUCAUUUUAUAUAUGAUGAAGGUGAGAAACAAAGACACUAAGUAGAGUUAUAUCUUGUUCUCAAUUAUACAUCAAAUUGGCCUAAAGCUGCCUCUGAAAUUUUUUUUGGUCAUUUUUUUUUUGCCGUUUCUUGGGCCGCUCCUGCGGCAUAUGGAGAUUCCCAGGCUAGGGGUUGAAUCGAAGCUGCAGCUGCCCGCCUAUGCCAGAGCCACAGCAACGUGGGAUCCGAGCCGCAUCUGCGACCUACACCACAGCUCAUAGCAACGCCGGAUCCUUAACCCACUGAGCAAGGCUAGGGAUCGAACCCGCAACCUCAUGGUUCCUAGUCGGAUUCAUUAAUCACUGAGCCACGACAGCAACUCCUGAAAUUUCUUUAAGUCGCCCAUGAAGUACACAGUAUAAAAUCUUAUAUGUUAGUAUGUACAGGAAACAAAGACUCACAUGCCAUCUUGAGUAUAAAAUAGCUAGUUUUCCCUGCAUUGUCAGAUCCCUCUUUCUUUAGCUGAACCCAAAUAAAAUAGGUGGCUUCACAGUUACGACAGUUUGAAAAGUACAUCUAAACCCUAGAAUCACUCUCAGGAGAUCGAGGCAACAGACCCCUUAGAAGACAAAGGAAACUGACAGCACCCGAGGGCACAGGAAGCUGUCCUGCAGCUGCUGCACAGUUUACAGGGCAGCGCCUGCUUGGCCCGCUGCCGUACAACUGCACCCGCAAGAGUGAGGCAACCAAACCGCAUUUUUCACAGGCAGGCCCCAAGCUCUAGUUCUGCAAUGUCCCGUCCCGUGCACUUUCCACAAAACCUCACUGCUUGGUUCUUUCAUUCCUCUCCCAGUGCCUCAAGACACACCAUUCACUAGGUCUUCAGUUCUUGACCAUGGUGCAUCCAAAUUUAGAAAGAUAUAAAAACUGAACAUUAGAAAAUCCAAGUUUCACAAACUGUUUAAGGUCAGGCGAGGUCUCAAAAUAUUUCCUCUCCACCACCCUGUUCCUUUCCACAAGGUAAGGCCUUCACAGUCAGUAGCGAAAAAAGAGCUCAUUCAUCUGCAUAAGGAAUGGAAAUGCUAUGUGCAAAGUCUGAACUGGGAAGCUGAAGAAAAGCGUCAUUUGCUCCAGCACAGUAUAUAGUGUUCCUUCAGGAAGAAUAACAGAGAAAGCAUUUAAAAUGUAGGAGAUCUCAGCAGAAAAACAAACACCAGCAUGGUAUCUAGGGAGGGAACUGCCCAGUGGAAAUGAGAACAUUAUACAUGUUACAUAUGUUCCAUGAGCCUGUAAGUACAGACAACCAGAAAGCCCACACAUUGUAACUGUUCUCUAGUCACACGAAUAAAAAAUGAGUAAAUUAGUUAGAAAGAAGGAAAUAAAAUUGUUCCUUUAAAUCAAAAACUGCUUAAUUGUAUAAAACACAUCUACAGAUAUCAACUUAUAACCUCAAAUUAUAAAAUACAAUGCCCUCUGGACAAUUUAAGUAAGGUUGUUUUGGUUUUUCUUCCCCCUUUUUUUUUAAUUUGGGAGACUUACAAUUCAAGGAUAAGGUUUCCAUUUCAAAGUAUUUUUUAAGUAUCUGACAUUAAUCCUGAAGUCUUAUUUUUUACAUGUGAGCAUCCUUCCGUAGUAUCUUACGUAACUCUCCUGUCAUGGUUGGGUGUAGCAAAAGUUUCCUUAAAAUCCCAUCAAGUAGUUUUAAAUUUUUUUUUUCUUUUUUUGCCUUUUUGGGCUGCAUCGGCAGCAUAUGGAAGUUCCCAGGCUGGGGGUCCACUAGGAGCUGCAGCUGCUGGCCUAUGCCACAGCCAUAGCAACAGUGGGUCCGAGCCACAUCUGCAACCCACACCACAGCCCACAGCAAUGUCAGAUCCUUAACCCACUGAGGGAGGCCAAGGAUCAAACCCACAUCCUCAUGGAUACUAGUCGCAUUCAUUUCCACUGUGCCACAACAGGAACUCCUCAAGAUUUUUUUAAAGGAAAAAAAAAAAGGCAUGUCUUGCAGUAGUUCUUCCCACCCCUCUGCAGGGACCUCUACAAAACACCCAGAGAAUGUUAACUUUGAGUACCACGAUCACAACCACCACACCGCCUAAAACCCAUAAUGGUUCUAGGUCCCCCAACAAUAUGUCUCCGUGAAGAUAAUCCUGCCUGAGAACUCCAGAUCCCUUUCACUCCUACAAGAGCCUGAAAUGGGAGAGGGAAUCUGAAUGGUGACCAUGAAGUUGGCCUGCACUCUUUGUGUUGCUGUUCACACGUUUAAGGUGAUUAGCUGGGUGGCUCCCACUGGUGGAGAUGAUCCCGUCAGCAAGGUUAAGUGUCACUCCCAGGGGAAGCUCCAAGUCCAAUCGUGCCUCAUUUACAAGUACAAUUAUAGAGACCUCAUCAUGCAACAUCUAAGUGACUCACAUCCCCAAAGAAGCCACCUGGGAGACCAUACACACAAGCAUCAAGGCUCCAUGGCUGAUAACAAUGAAUCCCUCUUUGAAAACAGCUUUCUAAGCUUGUGAAAGUUUGAAUACCUAUCAAGAUGGUAAACCAUUAUCCUUCAAGGCUGUAGUUCAUUCUGCUAACAAUUCAGUCAUUUAAGAUCAAACCUGGUAAGCCAGGUGGUAUGAUCACAGUGGAUACUACAGAUUUUCAUUUUACAAAGAGAAUGACACAUUUUGCAUGGUUCAUAAACUGGUUCCAGAAGUGAGUGCAGAAAAAAGUAUUCUGACCAAAGGCAGCACGUUCCAACUAAUAUCUACUAUUUAUUGGACAAUCUGCAAAGCACUGUGCUACACACCACGUAUGUUAUCUCAACAGUUUCUCAUGGAAGCCCUAUGAGGUAGGUACUGCAUCCACAUCUUAAAGAGAAAACAACAGUUUUGGAGAAAUAAGCCACUUGCCCCUGAUCACACUCUGUCUGAGGAGAAGACAAACUAUAAUAAGGUCCUAAUUUGUCUCACGAACCAGGACAACCUGACAGGGACAAAAUGUAUCUCCAUGUUUGAAAGAUCCACGUUUUCAAAGAAAAGUAGAAUCACCUCACUGUAUAAUCACAUUUACUGUCAGUGCCAUCAGUGUCUGAAAAAAAGGUGUCUCUAAAAUCAUCCUUCCAGUUUACUAAUUCUGCUAAAAUGUUUCCAGGAAUGGCAUUAUCAGUGAAGCUGAUACCCAACAAACUAUACUUCGAGGGCUUUAGCUUGGUAAAGCCCUAGAAACUACAGGGUAAACUACACUUCUAGGGCUUUAGCUUGGCGCUAUCCCUGGCAUAGAUAUGCAUAACAAUAUUAGGUUUAAGGUUAUCACCAUAAUAACAAAAGACAGGAAACAACCUAAAUGUUCACCAGGAGCUGACUAAAUCAACUGCAGCAUAUUCAUUCAACAGAACCUUAUGCAGUCACAAAAGGGGAAGAGGUUUUUUGUUCCUUACAUACGGAUAUGGAAUGAUCUCCACUGAGGAAAAUUCUGUAUAUAGCUUGUUAUCAUUUGUAUAAUAACCCUCAUGAACAUGUUUGUUUAGGGACAGAAUCUUUUUCAAAAAAACUGGCAACAGUGCCUGACUCCAGGAAGAGGAAUUAGGAGCUGCAGGACAUGGGUGGGAGAAGUCCUUAAUUCUAAAUCACUUUUGUACUGACCCAAGGGGAAGUUACCUAUUUAAAUUUUUUUCACUUAAAAAAAUGUGGACUGAUUAUACAUUUGACAAACUAAGAGAGCAAUUUCUGAUUGCAGGAAAAAAACACAAAAAGGCUUCCUAUGAGACUGAGCAAUGCCAGAUCCUUAACCCACUCACUCAGGGGCUCACUAUAAAGUUAUAAUGUAAACAUAUUUUUUAAAUAUAAAAAGGCAUAAAACUUCCCUUAUAAUCAACUUCUCAUUUAUCCACCAGGUAAUGUCACAUGCACCUGUUAUCCCAUAAAGUAUGAUUCUUACGAGGGAAAAGAACCAGAUCAAACACAUCAUUAAAAAACAACAUGAAUAUUAGACUAGGAAUACUAUUGAGGACAACGGCCAUUAUUUUAAAUAUUUGUAAGUUCUCAGGGUUCUCAGAACACUGUUUCUUGGUUAAUGAAUAGCAAAUUGAUAUAGUGGUUACAAUAGCAACUAUGCAGCUUCCUGACAACAAUGGAUAAUUCACCAGGAACUGGCUUCUUGAUUUUAACUACUAUUUUGAAAUAACAUAAUUAAGUACCGAAUGUUUAAAUACCCAUUAUAUAAUUGCUAGAAUGUGAAAUCAGCAUUAUUUAUAUCUCAUCUGCUAUACAAAAUUUAUCAAUUUUUCUUUUGAAAAAAGGUAAUAGAAAUUCCAAAGAAAAAGGGAGAGACUACUAAUUAAAGGUCAUGUUUACUAAUCUAGCACCAUAAUUCCAGUUUCAGGGCCUUCCAAGUGGCUGGAAGGAGCAAGGGAAGAAGUGAUGCUGUUGGAAAAUUAAGGGUAGUUCUUAACUUGUGGCCCCAUUUGUGCUCUAAGGCAACACAAUGAAGAAAACUGCUGAGGCUGGAAAUUAAAACAAAAGCUUUUGGUUCAGAGUAAAGAAGGCCCUCGACAA